AUGGAUGUUGGCUGCGUGCGGUCGGGGAUUCAGCAGCACCCUGAUCCCUUCCGUUGCAGCCACAUGGAUGUCCUCAAUGUCCUGCUGGACCUGAAGGAGCUUGACCAUAGCAUGCAAGUCCUACUGUGUCAACAUGAGUGCGUGCGGCAACUCGCCACACGGCCUGGACGACUCUCACCCAUUGACAACUUCCUGCCCCUGCACUACGACUUCUUGCAGUUUGCUUACUUCAGAGUGGGCGAUUACAUCCGAGCGUUGGAGUGCACCAGGACGUAUCUCCUCUUCCAUCCAAAGGAUGAAGAUGUCCUGGAGAACGAGGAUUAUUACAAGAGCCUCUUGGAAGGUUCUGUUGACCUGGAGGCCGUCCAACCCAGAGAG